UAGCCUGCAAGAAAAUCUUCCACUGUCCAAGGUCUUCUUCAUGAGAAUGAUUGAAAUCGAGAAGGAACAGGAGAAUCCAAAGAUGAAUAAUCUCAGAAACUUUUACGAGCGGGCGCUGCAGGAGUUUGGCACCUCAGAUGAAGAUCUGUGGCUGCAGUACAUCCAGGAGGAGCUGGGGCCCUGGGGCCAGCCGGAGAACUGUGGAAAGAUCCACUGGAGGGCCAUGAAGUUCCUGGAGGGGCAGAGCGCAGAGAGCUUCACCUCCAAGCACGCCCUGUUCCAGAGCGGACGCCUGUGAUGGACCUGGAGGAGCUGAGACCACGACUCCUCCGGGCCGUCACAUUUAAAGUUGGUCCAAAAGAGCCCCUUUCUUCUUCCUAAAGGUUUGAAGGCCCCUCAGCGCCUGCACGUGUGCAUGAGGAGCACGUCAUGGGAAUG